AAAAAUCAAAAAUGUUAAUAUGCAAUUCAAAUUACCACUAACAAGUAACAAAUAUAAAUUAUUAUUGCUUUUUCGGUUAUUUUGACCGUUUUACAUUACAAGUAUACUGAUCAUUCGUCAUCUUUACUUAGAUUAGUCGUAUUGUUAAGUUAUUACUGAUUUGUGGAUUGUGACGAAAUCAUGUUUUCCUGCAAAGAUGUCGAGAAGUCAAAAUUAUUUAAAUCCGUAUCUUUGAUCAAUACAGUUUCAUGUGUUAAGUUUAUUGAUCGAUUUCUAUUAGUUGGUAUUGGUAAUAUUUUGCUGGUCUACGACACGGAGUCCAGAAAACUUUGUUUGCGUAGAAAAAUCUUUGAUAAAGCUUCGAUACACGGUAUUCAGUUUAAUGACAAACAAAUGUUGGUUGCCAUUCACGGAGAAAAAUAUGUGGCAAUUUAUAAACUGUUGGCGCCAAUGAGUUAUCUUAUUGAAUUUGAUUGUGUUCUAAUAACCACUGAUUGGGUUUGUAACAUUCUAUGGAUGAAUUCAAAUUGUUUAUUAACAGUAUCUGCACAUAAUGUAGCAACUGUUUGGAGCUUGGAACUUAAAGAGAAAAUAAAUUCGUCGAGUUGUGAUGAAAUAUGUAUACUAUAUUCAGCAACAUCAAUUGGUGAAGACGAAGACAAUAUUAUUGUUUUUUCAGGUACAGUUUUCAGGGAAAUAGUAAUUUGGAGUCCUUUUAGGAGAUCAAAUGGCUUCAAUAUCUUACAUAGAUUACAAAGGCAUGAAGGUGUUAUAUUUUCAAUCACGGUGGACAAAUCCAAUUCCAUUAUAAGUUCUACUUCUGAUGAUCGAAGUAUAGUCAUCUGGAAUGUUGAACCAUUCGCUGAGCACCAAAAUACUUAUGAUCACUGGAAGUUUGCAAAGAUAACACCAGCCUAUUCAUUUUAUGCACACAAAGCUAGAGUUUGGAAAAGUAUUUUAAUGCAAUCUGGCAAUAUAUUGAGUGCUGGAGAAGAUGGUCAAAUAUGUUUGAAAACUUCUUCAAGAACCUACCAAUGGGAAGAAAGUAGAGGUUCCCAAGUUCGUAGCUUAGACUGUAUGGAAAUCAAAAAUCUUGCAGCUAGUGGAUGUACGACUGGGAGUGUUGGAUUAUGGUCACUAGACACUGUUCCUAAGAGUGAAAUUUUGGCUGACUAUAAAAAAGAUAACCGCUAUCCAAAACAUUUAGUUGUGCUGAAUAACACUGGCACAUAUGUACUUUAUUCUGAUGGCCAUGUUGUUUUGUACAAAAACAAUUCCAGUCACAAUAUCUAUCAAAAUGAUGUCUUGUGUUGCACUUUGACAAUGGUGAAAUCCCCUUGUGAAACAAAAGUAACUUUUACAACUAGUAGUGGACAUAUAGUUAUUCUAAAAAGCACCAGUGUUCAAGUAUUUUUUGAUAAAAUUUCUCCAGAUAAAAUUGUAUCUACUAUUUGGCUGAAUAAUAAUCAAAUAAUCGUAUGUUUUAUAAGAAAUACAAUUUUUCGUUACAAAGUAUUUGAAGACCUGAAAUUAAAUCAUUUGGAUACAUUUUGCAUUUAUUCAAAAACUAGUUCUUGGAUAACAGCUGCAGUAUUAGUUGAAGACCUAAUCUUUGCUGGUUGUAAUGAAGGAUCUAUUUAUUUAUUCAAAUUAAAUCAGCAGGAACCAUUACAAGUAUUCAGUAGAAUUCACAGUUUCGCUGGUGUUACUGCAAUGUGGAUACAUGAAAAGUAUUCAUAUUUUUCGGUUGUUAGUUCAGUAGGACGAGAUGGUCAUCAUAGAUAUUGGAAUGUCAGUACACAAUCAGAAUCAGUGUUUGAAAUACGCUGUGAUAUAUUACCUACAAAAUGGCCGUUUGUCAUAACUAACUCUAAAGUUCAUGGAUUAUUGAUUUGCGGUUUUAAAGAAAGCAAUUUAAUUGUGUAUAGUCCAAUUGAACAAAGAAUUUUGGCGACCGUCCCUUGUGGUGGUGGUCAUAGAGCAUGGGAUUUGACGUUUAUCAAUGAUUGUGAUUCAAUAUAUUUUGUUUGCAGUUCUUCAACUAAUAAAUUAGAAUCAAAUGAAAUACCCUUGCAUGGUCAUCAUAUGCUAUUGAAAGGUUUUCAUUCAAUGAUUGUAAAUUGCAUGGCACAAGUUACCGAUGAGUUAAUGAUAACCGGCAGUGAUGACACUACUGUUAGAUUGACUCGUUUUAAUGAUGAGGUUGAUAAUUUGUUAACAUUAAGAAGUCAUAUAUCAUCAGUUCGUUCUGUAUCUUGUCUUAAUUUAAAUCCUAAUGUUUACAUUAUCGUAACAGCUGGUGGUAGAGCUCAGUUGAAAAUUUGGACUUUGAAUAUAACAAAUAAUAAUGUGUAUUGUGAAGAAUCAAUAUCACAUUUAUUGAAAACUAAACAAGAAAAAAAACCUUGGAGAACAGUCGUACCUUCAAAUGAAGGUGAGACACGCUUUAUGGAUGUUUGUAUCCAAUAUACAAAGUCAAAAUCAAUUUUAAUUUCUGUUGGAUGUUCUGAUGCAAUUCUUAGGUUAUAUAAUUAUGAUUUAAACAAUAAAACUUUGAAUUUAAUUGAAGACAAUUUGGACUGUAGUAACUGUAUACUGAAGAUUUUACUAGUUCAAUUAAAUAGUUUACAUUAUGUUUUAACUACUGAUACAAAAGGAUUUGUAAAUUUUUGGGACAUUUCAAAAUAUGUUGACAAUAGUGAUGUUGAUCUAAGUUGUACGCCUAAAUAUAGACAUUGUAUACACCAAUCUGGUAUAAACUGUUGUGAUUGGUUGGAAAUUGAAAAUAAUUAUGGUUUAAUAACUACGGGUGGAGAUGACCAGCUUUUAAGUUUAUCAAUUUUUCACUAUGUGGAUACUGUAACAUUAUUGUGUAAUGUAUCUAUUUCUAUCCAUUGUUCUCAAGUUACAGGUAUUAAAGUAUUUAAUCAAUUUGUUAUAACUGCAUCUGUGGAUCAGAAAAUUAUUUUUUCCUUAUGGAGUUGUGAUUUAAGUUCCAAAACUGUACAAGUAUUACCAUUUGCAUCAUACUUUACAACAGUUGCAGACAUUCACGGUUUAAUAGCUCAUAAACAUGGGUAAGUACAUGUAAAACUAUACUUUUUCUCAACUCAGAUAUUAGGUUUUAUUCAUUGAAAUUAUGUUUAUUGAGUUUUAAUGUUUAAAUUUCUUUAAAAAAGAACAAUGUAAAUGAUCACAUGUGAAAGUGUCAAUAAUUUCUGAUACUAUACAAAACGUUAGUAUACAAAAUUAAUGCACACAAUUGUAUUUA